AUGAUCGAGGCACAUUUUAAUCGAUCACGAAUAAAAACAGAAGAUGUCAAAUAUGAGUUUAUAUUAUCAUAUUUAGAUGACAAAUUAGCCAGUGAAGUGGAAGAUAUAAUAUUAAAUCCACCGAAAGUCGAGCCCUAUACUAAGUUAAAGAAAGAAAUAAUACAACGUUUAUCACAGUCACAGGACCAAAAGAUUCGAAGGUUGCUACAGCAAGAGGAACUGGGUGAUCGAAAACCGUCGCAAUUUUUACGACAUCUAACAUCAUUGGCCGGUCCACUACUAGAUGAGAACAUUUUAAGAACCUUGUGGCUACAAAGAUUACCUACGCAUACACAACAAAUAUUAAAGGCACAUCCGACCAUGAAAAUUGAAGACCUGGCCGCCAUAGCAGAUAGCAUCGGUGAGGUUAACAUCGGGCCAACAGUAGCCGCCACAAGCCUUACCGACGGUACAACGUCUGAAUUAUUAAAACGCGUAGAAGACCUAACAAAAAUGAUAGCUGAAUUGCAAAAUAGACGUCCUAGAUUUCGGCAUAAUUCUCGUUCUAGGAAAAUCUCGCGCACCAGAAGUUUUUCACGCCAAAGAAAUGUAAUAGGCAAAGAUUUGAUACGUGCUGGUACCACUUUAAAUAUGGAGACAAAGCUAAGAAAUGCACGCAACCAUGCAAAAUGUCGGGAAACGAAGAAGACAGGCACUAAAUGCGGCAAGUGUUUGUCAAGCACUUUCACGCCGCAUGUUCAUCUCAGACAAACCAACCAAAGUACAAUUUUUGAUAGACACAGGCGCAGAUUUUCUGUCAUAUUACAACAUAAUCGUCGACACAAAGAAUUCAAGACUAGUAGACGGUACUACAACCUACAGGUAAAGACAAUAAACAAAGGAACCAUUCAAAAGGGAAGCAUUAAAACUGUUAAUAUCAAAUCAAAGUUUAGUGAAAUUUUUAAAGAAUUUCCUUCUUUGACGCGACCGCCAGGACUUCCACGUCAAAUAAAACAUACAACAGUACAUUAUAUCAAAACCUCGCCUGGUCCACCAGUGGUAGCACGAACCCGUCCAUUAAAAACUCAGCUGUUAAAAAUUGCCAAACAGGAAUUUGAAGAAAUGGUGCAAUUAGGUACUGCCCGACCAUCAAGUAGCUCUUGGUCAUCACCGUUACAUCUAGUCCAAAAGAAAGACGAUGCAUGGAGACCAUGUGGAGACUACCGAGCAUUAAAUGCAAGAACAAUCCCGGAUAGGUACCCAGUCAGGCUCAUGAGUGACUACUCACAACACUUAUCAGGUUGUAACAUAUUUUCAAUAAUAGACCUUAAGAAAGCAUACCAGCAGAUACCUGUUUACGAUGAAGAUAUUCCCAAGACGGCAAUUACAACACCUUUUGGUUUAUUUGAGUUCCCCUUUAUGACAUUCGGCCUACGUAACGCAGCGCAAACUUUCCAAAGAUUUAUGGACGAAGUAACCAGUGGAUUAGAUUUUUGUUUUCCAUAUAUUGAUGAUAUUCUAAUCGCAUCCAAAAGUGAAGAACAACAUGAAACACCAUCUCCGUAG